UUUCUAUCCAGUUCUGCUUCCCCCCACCCCUUGCUCUCCAUCACAGACUGAACGAGGUAACAAUGGUGGAGAGAAACACGUGUCCACGGCUGACCACAGCCUUUGUCCUGCUGGCGGUCUGGUUGGUCAUGACCAGGGCGAAAAGUUACCAGAAGUUUCUGAGGGAACAUGUCGACUACCCAAUGACGGAGGUUCCCGCCUUCGCAGGCUACUGUGACAUCAUGAUGAAACGGCGCCAUAUGGCGAACCCUUACCACUGCAAACAUCUCAACACUUUUCUCCAUGCGGACGUUUCCCAGAUCCAAGCCGUGUGCGGCCAAGGAGGGGAACCCACCACCGGUGACCUUCGAGAAAGCGACACAAGCUUCCCUCUCACGCUGUGUAAGCUUCAGAGAGGUUCCUGGGCACCCAACUGCAGAUAUGAAGAAAUCAACAAUACUGAAAGGAUCAUCAUAGCCUGUGAAGAUGGAUAUCCCGUCCAUUUGGAGACAGAAGUCCCAAAUUACGGAGGGUUUGACAUAUGAA